UCCGGCUCCAGCGCGCUGCAGCCAAUCAGAGGCUCCGUCGGUCGCUGGUCGCUAUGUGGGGCACGGGGCCAGCACGUCUAGCCAGCUCGAAGUGCCACGACUUCACAGCGGAGCAGGGAUUCUCCAGCGGAGCGAGAGGGAGACCAGUGCAAGAAAGACAAGGCAACUGAGCCCCACAGCUGGACCAGCAGCUCCACACACAAGUCACUUCGCCCUCAACACGCAGCUUUCUGCCCCCCCCUCUCUCUCUCUCUCUCCUUCCCGUUGAGCAGCUCCAUCACCAGCGAGGUUUACUGAAAUUGAACAAUGGAUAUCUACGACCCCCAGACCCUUGGGAUCAUGGUGUUUGGUGGAUUCAUGGUGAUCUCGGCUGUCGGGAUUGCCCUUGUCUCCACCUUUUCCAUGAAGGAGACCUCUUAUGAGGAGGCCCUUGCUAAACAACGUAGAGAGUUAGGUAAGAUACAGUCUGUUCGCUCUGACAAAAAGAAGAAGGACAAAGUGUCUGAGAAGAAGAGCCGUGGAAAGAAGAAAGAAGACAAGCCCAAUGGAAAGAUCCCAGAGCACGAAAAGGCUGAAGAGGCUACUGAUGCUGAAGAAGUUAUUGAGCCUGUGGUUGCCCCAGUUGUAGCUGCUGCUCCUGAACCCGUCCCAGAGCCUGUCCCUGCUGUCGAGGUUAAGCCAGCGGCCGCCGCAGCACCAGCAGACCCUGAGCCAACACCUGCCACUGAACCAAUUCCAGCUGCCGAGCCUUCACCUGCACCCUCUCCCAAAGAGAAAAAGAAGAAGAAGGUCGCCAAGGUUGAGCCUGCCUCAACCCAAGUAGCUGCCCCUGCCCCAGUGUCUGCCCCGGCACCAGUCAAGUCCUCUGCAGCCCCUCCAUCAACCCAGGCCCCUGUGUCUGCCCCAACCAAGGCUGCCCCUGCAGCUAAGACUGCAUCUGCCCCAGCCAAAUCCGCCCCGGCACCAGUAAAGGCUGCAGCAGCCCCAGCCAAGUCUUCACCAGCUCUAUCCAAGACUGCCCCAGUGCUGGAGGCUGUUACCAAAGAGGUCCCAGUGAUGGCAGUGCCCCCUGUGGGAUCACAGCAGGCUCCUGCUGUUGAAGCAAAAGCACAGGAGCCCAAGAAGAAGUCCUCUAAGAAAAAGAGUGAGCCUGUGGCAGCGGUGGAUUCUACUGAUGCUCCGCUGUACCUGCCCUACAAAGCUCUGGUGUCCACUAUCAGUAGCAUGGUGUUCAGUGAGGGGGAGGCACAUAGGCUCAUCGAGAUCCUGUCCGAAAAAGUUGGCAUCAUUCAGGACACCUGGCAUAUGGCAACUCAGAAAGGAGACCCAGUGGCCGUGUUGAAGAAACAACUGGAGGAGCGGGAGAAACAGCUGGCAGCAGAACAAGAGGAUGCUUCUGCAGCAAAGAACCGUCUUAGAGAACUCACCAAGGACCUGUCUGCUGAGAAGUCCAAGGUUGCCAGCGUUGAGACGAGGCUGAGCUCUCAGCUGAGUAAGAGGGAGCAGGAAAUGAUCGCACUCCAAGCUCGCAUGCAGGCCAGUUACCAGGACCAUGUAGCCCAGACUCAGAUGCUCAAUGCAAAGGUUCUUAGCCUGCAGGACCAGCUGGACAAAGGCCCCAAUGCCCAACUUGCCCGUCUACAGCAGGAGAACUCCAUUCUCCGCGAUGCCCUCAACCAAGCCACUAGUCAAGCAGAGAGCAAACAAAAUGCAGAGCUGGCCAAGCUGCGUCAGGAAUGUGCAAAGUUAACCAAGGAUCUCGGAGAGAAGACGGAAAGUCUGGUUGCUGAUGAGCACAUCAGGAAAGGGCUGGAGGCCAAGGUCUCCGCUGCUGAAAAGCAACUCUCCCUGCAGCAGGCUGGCCAUGCAGAGAGCGAGCAGGCGUUACAGAGGAGGUUGGAGGAAGUGUGCGAAGAGCUCAGAACAACACAAAGUAAAAAUGGCAGCCUGCAGGCCACUUUGGACAAGGCUCAGCAGGAAAGCAACACAAUCUCAGAUUUCCAAGAGCGUACAGAGAGAUUGGAGGUUGACAUCAGGGAGCGCUCUGCUCAGGUAGAAGCCCUCACUGCUCAGCUGGAGGAGACACAGGCAGAGAAAAGCCAGCUCGUACAGCAGGUGGCCUCCAUCAACUCACUGCUGGAAGCCAGUCAGAACAAAAAGGAGGACGAGGACAAUCAGGUGAAUGCUGCAGAACUGGAACAGCUUAAGCUCAGCCUUCAGGAGAAAGACGACCAGCUGAGUGUGCUUCACGAGGAACUGAAGCAAUUGCAGACAAAGGAGGAAGCUGGCGAGAACACUAAAGCUGACCUUGAACAAAGAAGUGAGGAUGCCAGUCUCAUUACGUCGCUACAGGAGGAACUUAGAAGCCUUAAAGAAGAAAUGGAGCAAAUGAAGAACUCAGCACAGUCAGAUGGCUCUGCAGAACUCACUCAGCUACAGAACAGUCUGAGUGAGAAGGAUGUUCUCGUCACCUCACUAGAAGAGCAACUGAGAGACGUGAGAGAACAGAUGACCACUGAUGCAGACAUCGUGGCACAACUGACUGCUCUUCAAAGCGAAACCAAAGAAAGUCUCCAGACACUCUUCCCACAGAUACCCGUAGAGACAGAGCAGUCCAACUGGUUACAAGAAUUUACACAGAAAGCUCAAGAGGCUCUCACCCAGCAGAGCCAGAAGGUAGAUUCAAGCACAGAGUUGCCAGCAUUACUUGGGAAACUGAAGGAGGCUGAAGAGAGCCACAGCUCCCUGCAGGCUGAGUGUGAACAGUACAGGACAGUCCUGGCUGAAACAGAAGGAAUGCUGAAACAUCUGCAGAAGAGCGUAGAAGAGGAAGAGCUGGUAUGGAAGUCCAAGAUGGCUGACUCAGAGGAACAGCUGAGGGUGGCCUUGGAGAAAGUCAACAAGCUGGAGGCUGAAGAUCAAAGUGUAGAUCAGUUGAAGGAGCAGAUGAUGCUUCUGGAAGCUCAGCUGGAGAAGCAGUCAGACAACCAGGCAACCUCAGAAGAGAUGGAGCAGGUACAUGAGAAAAUUAAAUCUCCAGAUAACAAUGGAACUGGCGUUGCUGAUAUUAACAUUUUUGUUGUAUUUUUUAUGUGGAACUUCACCAUCGACUCUGCUAAGGGACAUCAGAGCAGUAGCCAGAUGAAGCAUAUUAAAAGUAUUUUGCUAAGUAACUUUCUACUGCUGUCCCCACAGGAGCGCCUAGAGAAGGAGAAGAAGCUGUCCAAAGACCUCGGCCAGGCGGCCACCAAGCUGCAGCAGCUUCUGAAAGCCACACAGGAGCAGCUGACCAAAGAGAGAGACACAGUGAAAACACUACAGGAGCACCUGGAGGGCAAGGGUGAUUAUGUGGAACUGAAGGAAGGAACGUCCGUCUGAUAGAAGUAUACUGCGGACACUACACAAAACUGCCAAAUAUGCCUUAUGAUUACCGUAGUUAUGCAUUCCGAAACCAUUUCUUUCUUUUACUGUAGUUAAUUGCAUUUGUUGCAACUGUAGGAAAUAAUGUUUGAUAUAAUAUGAACUUUUCAAAGUAAGAUUGGAGGAGGGAGUCCUGCUGCAGUCUUUCCUGAAACACACAUUCCAUCAACAAUUCUGGCUAUGUCAGAAGUUAUUUAUCCCCCUGCCUUAUAUUCCAAACAUUUCCCCAUAGUUCAGUGUUAAAAGGGAAACCGAUUGUACGUCAAACGUACAUCAACCUGUGCAAUUACUUUGUAUGUCUUUUCUAUGUGGUUGAAUGAUGGGAACAUUUUAUGGUUCAGUAAUGCAGUACCUUUUAGGGCCUGCUGUCCUCUGUAGCUGGCAGCCAAUAACACAUCAAAUUUGUAUGAAUGAAUAAACUACAGUGUCACCUGUCA